AUGCGGCCACCUCGAACUUCUUUAAAGCGUUUGGUUGUGGCGAUGGCGAGUGUCAUCUUGCUGUCGUCUUCUCACGCUCAAGCCGUGCAAGUGGACACCUUUACGAGCAGUCCAGCCAAUUUAGCCAGCCUAGUCAUGCAAUCCGUUUCAAGCACUUUGCACCAUUGGUGGGGUAGCGAUGACUCUGUCGAGGCAGGCAUUAUCAAAGGCUUUACACUAGCGUCUGCCCACCAUCAGUCUUACGACGGUCGGAGGGCCAUCUAUGCGCCACGGCAGCGUCCCAGCAUCGAGCGGCUUAGCCUACAGACCGGAGGCGAGAUGCGAAGCUUGAACGCCGAGGCCUUCACUUUGCGAUCCGUGCAGAAACCUGUCACGCGACUGCGCGAUCCGAAGAGAUAUCUCGAGGCAAGACGGACAGACUUCGUAGAAGCCCUGUCUACACUUCAAGCGGAUGAGGACUCGUUCGAGACAGUGUCCAUCUCUCAGCCCAACGUAUCUGACCGGCUUACCCUCAGGACCCUCGCGCAGAUGUCAAAUCUGGCGUACUAUGCGCCCAACGAUACGGGCUUGCCAGACGGGGGUUGGAACGCUGAUGGAGGCUGGAACUUGAGCAGCAGCUUUGGUUGGGUCGAGGACGGCAUUCGAGGUCAUGUGUUUGCCAGUGAGGAUAAUAAGACUGUUGUGCUGGCGCUGAAGGGCACCAGCGCUGCAGUCCUCCCGGGUGGCGGAGGAGAGACAGCAAGGAGAGACAAGAUGAAUGUGAGUGGUAAAUGCGAUUUGACGGUGCCACGUCCUCAUGGACGUGCUGACCACGGAUGCCGUUACACCAUCAGGACAACUUGCUCUUCUCGUGCUGCUGCGCCCAUGUCGGUUGGACAUGGCACACCGUUUGUGACUGCUUUGGGGACUCCGCUCCGCCCGACGACCCAGACGGCAAUUUGACUUCCAUCGGAUCAGAGCUGUAUCGAGCAGCCUCUGUGCCUACUUGUAGCAAGAAGUGUCUUUCGCGAGCCUUGGUGGAGAAAAGUCUGUACUACCCGGCCACAACAGAUCUUUACAACAAUGUCAGCUAUUUGUAUCCUGACAGCCAAAUUUGGGUGAGUGGACCGUUGAAGUUAUGUGUAGCCCCUUCGCGAUUUUGAAAUAUAGCUCACGAUGUAUGCGACCAUUCGACAACUCUUGACAGGUGACUGGCCACUCUUUGGGAGGAGCUCUUGGAGCCUUGAUCGGGUACACUUUUGGCGUGCCUGUCGUCUCAUUCGAAGCGCCAGCAGAGAGGAUGGCAGCUCAGCGACUUCAUUUGCCAUUUCCAAAGGGCCACACUCCGGCUGAUGCGGCGCACGUGACCAGUGUUUAUCAUACCGCUGAUCCUAUUCCCAGUGAGUAGGCUGCGUAAGCGUGUCCACCUUCCAGGCGUUUCGAAGCGAAGUCAGCAGGCGCUACGAGCUUGACGCUGACUUUUUUUGCGUCACGCGGCAGUGGGAGAAUGCAUCGGUUCAAUCAGCGCGUGCGCCACCGCCGGCUUUGCAAUGGAAUCCAAGUGCCACGGCGGUCAAGUUGUGCUGUACGACACGGAAAGGCUGCUGGACUGGAGCAGUAACGUGCUGACGCACCGCAUAGCCACGCUGGUGGAUGACGUGUUUGGGAUGGACUGGGGAGACAAAGUCAGGGAGUAUCAAGAGGGCAAGAAAGGAUCCAAAGUUGAUGAGGACGAGCUGAAGAGAUUACAACAGACGCCCCCUAUCACGAAUGAGCGCAAAUGCGUCGGUAAGUCUUGAAUAUCAAGAAGAGAUGCCAUUGUGCUCCACGCACCACGCUAAUUCCCACUGCUCCACGCACCACGCUAAUUCCCACGCGCUUGUCUGAAAAUGCUGCAGAGUGCCAAGCGUGGAAGUAUGUGGAAAAGGAUCUGCCGUCCAAAGCGGAAUAUGGUCUGUCUAUCACCAGCUAG